AUGGAGAAGUCGGCGAAUUCUUUAAAUGUAGGAUUUGAGGAAGUCCAAAAGUUACUUUCUCUGGUUCAACAACAAACUAGUCUGCAAUUAAUACAAGUCUACAGAAGAUGUGAAGGACAAGAGUCGUUGCUUUUAGAAUUGGCAAACAGCAUCCAAGCGUAUUUCUCAGUAGCUGAUCCACAGCAACGAAAGCUGGAAGCUGUGUACGAAACUCAACUCCUGAUCCUUGAAGAGAAUAAUCAUGCUAGUAAAAACUUUCAGUCCUAUAAAGGUGAUAUCCGUUUAUCGAAAAAUAGAAUUGAACAGGUCUUGGAUAAACUAGUGGAUUUUUUGUCUUCGACUUCUUUUUCGGACAAUAGGAUGGCUAUUAAUGACUCUGAUCAUUUGCCUCAGGAACAAUCUCUAGACUCGUCCUUGAAAACACAAAGAGGACGGACCAGUGAGAUGCAUGAUUUUGGAUCUUGCAAACAACAGGACAAUGAAGAGACUUCUUCUGUUAGAUACAGUAGCCAAGAAGUAAGCCCGUAUAAAGGAGACCUAACAGAUACGCCUCCUAUCCAAGAGAUGCUUCCUUCGCGUGAUAACGGUUCUUUCUAUCGAAUCCCUCAACGUCCAUUUGAAUCCAGUAAUUCCUUUCACUUGAACGAUUCACCAAAACAAAAGUUUGAUAGGACGAAUGGAAACGCGUGCUUGUUUUCGAAAACAGAAAAUAAAGAUAAUACUAGAGAAUUUUCUUCCUUUUUCAAAUCCAACGAUCCUAAUCCACUCUCAAGCUCGAAAAAGGACAUGAAGAAUAAUGAGUAUGUGUAUGGGAGUACACCAAAAAAGGAGCUCGAUGACAGGAGGUCUCUUUCUUCUGAAAACUCUAUAAACCUAUCGUCGAAUUUGGAUCUUUCUCAAAAAAGGAUGCAUGAGCGAGGAACGAAUCCAAAUGAUAUUAUGGCAGAAAAACAGCAAUUGCGAGAAAUUCGAAAGAAAAAUCCAGAAAUAAAUAAAUUGGUAUACGAGAAAUCACCAAAACUUGAACAAACCGUUAAUUACGCUCGCCUAGCAAGGUCUGUUUCGUUUCUUUCUUUAAAAGACAAAAAGAAUAAAGUGUCGAGAAAGUCAAGAAAGAAGAAAAACCCAUUAGAAAACAGUGACAAUGGAAACUCAAAUCGUGUAUCUAGAUCUAACGGUAAAGGCAUUCAUGCUGAAGGAUCUCUGAGCCCUUCCGGGCAUCACAAAAUGCAUUUAUCAACCUUGAAACCAAAUCAAAAGGUAAUGGCCAUUGAUAAAGAAAACCAGCGUAUUCGAGAUCCGAAACUACGAAACAGCUUGUCAAAAACUUCAAAUAGCUUUCUUCAUCCUGGUGAAAGUACUAAGUCUUGCUUCAAUAAUGAAUAUUCCGAUGAAUGCAAUCACGAUGAUAAACUAAAAGAAAGUACUACUGUUUUACUUCGUGGACAAAUAAAUGAUUUUCCUCAACAAAUAUACCCUGCUAAGGUUAAUAAUCGAAAGCAAAUGUUUACUUUAGAUUUUAACGAUUGGCAUAUUUAA